AUUUCCUCUCCUUACACCAUCACAACGCCUUCGACCAGGGCGCGAUGUCUCUGGAAAGCCCUACAAUGCAGUCGUCAGCGGAAGUCUGGUACAUGAAAGAAAUACGUUUCGGAACAGAGCCAUCAAGACGGCCCAUAAGGAUUAUCACCCAGAAUUUCAAUGGGCCGUGUUCGUUCAUUGCUAUAUGCAACAUCCUAAUCCUACGCGGAAACAUCACCAUUGAACCUCCAGACCGACAAGCAGUCUCUUACGAACACCUCUGCCAGCUCGUGGCCGAAUACCUUUUACUCAACUGUCCAGAUGUCGACAUUUCGUCUGCCCUAUCUAUCAUGCCUUACACUCAAAAGGGCAUGGACCUGAACCCGUUGUUUACCGCUGCAACGUCUUUCCGUACUGGUGCUGGCGAGCUGAAGCUGUUUGAGCAGGUUGGUAUUGAGCUCGUGCAUGGAUGGCUCGUCGAUCCGGAGAGUCCUGAAGCAGAAGUGUUGACGAGGACGGCUGGCGAUUAUGAUAGCGCGGCGAUGCUUAUUGCGGAUGCGGAUCAUACUGCAAAGGGACAGCUCGUCGUCGGUGAUAGCGACGAGCCGCAAGCAGGGACAUCAGGGAGCGCGACUCUUAGUGAAGAAGAUAGGCAGAAGAUCGAAGAUGCUAUCGUGGUUCGGAGAUUCCUCGACAACACGCGCUCUCAGCUGACCUACCAUGGUUUGUUCACUCUCGCUAACACUGUCCGACCGGGUAUACUUGUCGCUCUUUAUCGGAAUCUACACCUAUCCGUCUUGUACAAACACGAACAGGCACUGUAUUCCCUCGUGACGGACUUUGUGUUCCUGAAGGAGCCCUCGGUGGUGUGGGAGCGCCUGGAGGAUGUCGAUGGGGGCUCCUCGACGUUUGUCGACUCAGAUUUUGUGCGGGCGAGUCCGGCCGGAGGUGAUUUCGCAGGACAGACGGCAGAGGAGAUCGUUCACGCGGAAAGUUAUGCGCCGUCGGAUCUGGCGCUCGCCCAGCAGCUGCAAGCUGAGGAGCAUAAUCGGGCUCGGUACGAACGGGAGUUGUACGAGCGGGAUUUGGCGAUGCGUCAGGCUGAGAUGGUAACAAAGAAGGACAAGCGGAAGGGAAAGAAGGGCUGUCUUAUCAUGUAGAGGAUAGAUGGCUGUUACUUGUAAUUGUAGAAGAAACUCGCCUCCACUUCCAUCAGAGAUGUGCAUGCACGCAGAGUAUCUGUGGUUCGAGAGCGCAGAGCUGGAGAAGGCUGACUAUUGCAUUGUGGAUGCGGCUGUGUCUGCUGUUCUGCUGUUCAAAUACUACUAGUUUCUUUCACUGCUGCGCCGGACUUGAGAGUUGGUGUUUUUACAUCGCAUAACAAGACCCAGAUUUGAACGCUAAUUCUA